ACUGUGGUUAAUGUUCGUAAUAUUCUCCAAGCAUCCAAUAUAUUGACUAAAGUUCAACAAAGAUGAAUGGCUGUCGGGUUUGUAUGACGGAGGAAGCUGAUGUUUUCCUAUCGUUAUUUUCAAAACCGGAACAGAUUCCGAUUGCCGAGAUGGUAAAUGAUCUAACCGGGUUAAAGAUAUCAAAGGGCGAUGGUCUGCCGAGAUUCGUCUGUAAAGAAUGUUCCGAAGAUAUACUGAGAAGUUACAAAAUCAGAUUGAAAUGUUUGGAAUCUGACCGACAGCUUCGCUGCGCUUUAGAGAAGACUUAUCAAAGGAUAAAAAUGGUGGAGUUCUACCUCCAGAAAGAAAUUCAAAAAGUUGAACAAACCGCAGAGAAGACUUCUGCUGAUAUUUCUCCUGAAGAUUUGAAAAAUGUUGUAUGCGACGAAAAGUUGAUGGAAAUGCUUCAAUCCGGAAAUCAAUUGAUAGAGGUCCAAGAAACUCAAGAAGCAAUAGCUACGGUUUCAAUCGCAAUCGAUAAUAAUCAACAAUCAUCAGACAAAUCUUACAUCAAACAAGAAUGUGGAAACGAUUCUACUGCUGAUAAGGCAACUGAUGUGAAGGAUAGUGAUAAGGAGGAAGAUUUGUUUUUGAAAGAAUCUCCUAACGUAACAACUAUUCAACAAGCGAAACCGCUGGAGGAAGGUUGCAGUUCUGUUCAGAAUGCUCCAGAAGAAGAACUUGACUACACAGAAGAAUAUCUGGAAGUAGCCGGAGACACAGAGGAAGUACAAUACACGAUCAGUGCAGUUGGUAAUAUAGAAGAAGUUUUACUAGUAGAAAAGGCAGAUUCAGAAUAUUCACAAGAUGAAUAUAGUGGAAAAUUUAUUUGCUGUGGUUGUGAAAUGCAUUUCAAUACAAAUGAAGAACUUAUUCAGCAUUCUGCAGAAGAACACGAGAAAAUGAGACUCAAGAAUAGCGCCAAACCCUUCGAAUGUACCGUUUGUUUUAAGCGCUUUCUCAGUGAACCACGAUUAAUUCUACAUCAGACAUAUGUUUACCGCGAGAAAAAUCAUAUAUGCGACAAAUGUAACGCCAAAUUCACCUGUAGAGGUUCUUUACUAAACCAUCUGAAAACUCAUGCCGAUCGAACGUACGUUUGUGAGGAUUGCAACAAAUCAUUUCAUACCAGCAGCACUCUGAAGUCUCAUCGUCUCUUGCACACGGAAUCGAAACAAUUCAAAUGCACGGCACCGAACUGCGAGAAAAGCUUCCUCCGCAAGUCCGAUUUACACAUUCAUCUGGUGUCGCAUUCUGAUGAGCGUCCAUAUGAGUGCGAAUUGUGUUCGAGUCGCUUCAAGUCGAAGGCACAUUUGGUUCACCAUGGGAAGGUCCAUACUAAGGAAAAACCGUACAAAUGCAACCAAUGCGACAAAGCUUUCGGAACGUAUUCUGCGAGAAAGUUUCAUCAAUUAGCCCAUGAAGGAAUCCAUCCGUACAAGUGUAACUACUGCGAUAAGAUUUAUCAACGCAACACCAAACUGCAGGUCCACAUUCGUCGCAUUCAUACCGGGGAACGUCCAUUUGCGUGUGAUUUGUGUGAAAAUGUGCGUUUCUAUCAAAACUGGGAGCUUACCGCGCAUAAAAGGAUUGUACAUCAAUCGGAAAUGGCAAACGAAUGCAGUAGGGAUUCUGCAGAAGGUGGUACAGAGGAAGAUGAGGAAGAUGUCAUGGAAGAAGAAUAUAUUACGGCUCCAACAAAACCGAAGCGAAUAAAAUCGUCGCCUAAAGACGAGCCCAAAGAGUAAAGAUUCGUCAGUACCUACUACCUACUAUACAUUACGGUAUGACUUGUCACCUUAAUAGUCUCCAAGUGUAUUUCCAUGUCCAUUUUCAUUGAAAUAAAAGCUGCGUGCUUUGAUAUUAAAACGGCCUAUCAUCUCUGGAUUGAAAAACACAUAAUAAAACCUGAAUUUAUCCGCUUAAUGUGCGAUUUGACCC